AUGGCAGAAGGUCGUCAUGAAGCCCUGCUGCUGCUCACAGAUACCUCGUCGACCUUCGCAGCGCUCAAGUCGACCUACGGCCAUGCUCUAUCAAACAUCCUGCCAGCGCUCACAGCAGCCAUAAAAGAUGCCAGUCGACCGGCAGUGUUGGACGUUGCUGUUUCUGUCCACGGUCUACGUCCUCAGUCUGACGGGAGGAAGCCAUUCGUCCAGCUCCAGCGGUUCCUGGCAGACUUCUACAAACUGCUGGCCACUGUCAGUGUCUCCGUCUCUGUCGAGCUCGAUGGGCCCGGGGGCAUCGAUGCCAGAGUCUUCUUCCUCGACCCGGAGCUCGAGUCACUGGCUGAUUCAUACCCUUAUGGCCCUAUCGUGGGCAUGACGAGUCUACUGUCCUCGAACAGGUCUUGGGAUACCGUCUAUCUACCGUCGGGUGGUGGUGAGGGGGUGGCCAGGCUUGCCUCCAUGUUCAGGGCGGACGGGAAAAGAAUCACUGAUACUCGUACGCUGGAGCUGAAGCCGCCAGGGCCGGGCCAGCAGCAAUCGACAGCUCUCAUCAUGGAUAGCGAGGCAUCCCAGCUUGCUGCGGCACAUUUUUCCGUGGCCGUGGGCGGGACGUUUGACCACCUACACGCUGGGCAUAAACUACUUCUUACUGCAACGAUUCUCGCUCUAGAUACUUGUUCGUCCCAGCUGCCCGCUCAAAGACAGAAGAGAGUCGUCACGGUUGGCAUCACCGGUGAUGAACUGCUGGUGAACAAGAAGUAUGCUGAAUUCCUAGAGUCAUGGGAGGAGCGGUGGAAGGGUGUCUGGGCCUUCCUUCGAUCGAUAAUUGACUUCUCUACAACACCUGGAGAGGUGGGCAUCAAGCGCGAGUUCGAAUCAGGUCCCAAUGGCAGACGGGUAGUUGUCUCACUGUCCCCUGAUCUAGAGGUCAGGUUCGUCCAGAUUGCUGAUCCCUUCGGCCCUACCAUCACCGACCAGGACAUCACCGCCUUGGUCGUAUCUAAGGAAACCAGGUCCGGCGGAAAAGCCGUCAACGAUGAGAGGUUGAAAAAAGGAUGGCCGGCCCUGGAGGUUUUUGAGGUCGACGUCCUGGAUUCUACUGACGGUGUGUCUGUGUCGGAAGAUAGCUUCGAGGCCAAGAUAUCUAGUACCGAGAUCAGACGUCGACAGAUGAACCGAGCCAAGGGAAGCCUCUGA